GUUUCGAUCUGUGCUUUGAAAGCAGCUGACAGCGGGCGGUAAUGUGCUGACUGGCACUAUGGGCAGGAGGUACCCAGGGGCUCACUAUCGGCCAAGCAGCUCAUAUUUCAAAUUAUAAUCUAUUUCCUGAUGCAUUGCUGACGCCCCGUGAGCCAUGUCAGAAGUACUUCCAGUCGAUUCUGGCGUGGACGCCCUGGCAGUGUUUAUGGCAAGCAGCAGCACGACAGACGUUGUGAACCGCAACAGCCCUGCCACCCCGCCCAACACCCUCAACCUGCGCUCCUCUCACAACGAGCUGCUGAAUGCAGAGAUCAGGCACACGGAGACCAAGAACAGCACUCCCCCAAAAUGCAGGAAAAAAUACGCCCUGACUAACAUCCAGACAGCCAUGGGGCUUUCCGACCCGGCGGCGCAGCCCCUUCUGGGCAACAGCUCUGCAAAUAUAAAGCUGGUGAAGAAUGGAGAAAACCAGCUCAGGAAAGCGGCCGAGCAGGGACAGCAGGAUCCCAACAAAAACCUCAGUACCACUGCAGGCAUAAACCUAACUUCUGAGAAGUUUGAAGGCAAAGAGCCGAUCCCACAGGAUUCCUCUGGCUGUGAAAUAUUGCCCUCGCAGCCAAGGAGGACCAAGAGCUUCCUGAAUUACUAUGCGGAUCUAGAGACGUCCACUAGAGAGCUGGAGCAGAGUUUUGUUGCCAUGGAAGAUAAAUCUGCGCAAAGCAACAGCCAGGCUUCUACUGUUAUUGUCAAUGGGGACGUCCUGCCCCGGAAACAAAACAUACUGUCGAGCCCAGAGGAUGGCCAAGUUGCCACAGUGUCAUCAAGCCCAGAGACUAAGAAAGACCACCCAAAGACUGGGGCCAAAACAGAUUGUGCCCUCCACAGGAUUCAAAACCUGGCCCCAAGCGAUGAGGACUCCAGCUGGACUACGCUGUCCCAGGACAGUGCUUCGCUGAGCUCGCCCGACGAAACAGCAGAUAUAUGGAGUGACCAUUCAUUUCAGACAGACCCAGAUCUACCACCUGGCUGGAAAAAAAUCAAUGACAUUGCUGGAAUCUAUUACUGGCACAUACCAACAGGAACAACUCAAUGGCAGCGUCCUGUGUCCAUCCCAACAGAUCUCCAGGGCUCACGGAAAGGAUCACUUGGUUCCAUUACUCCAUCUCCUACUCCAGAAACUGAGAAACAGCCAUGGAGUGAUUUUGCUGUACUGAAUGGGGGAAAGAUUAAUAGUGACAUUUGGAAGGAUCUGCAUGCAGCCACUGUGAACCCAGACCCAAGUCUGAAAGAGUUUGAAGGAGCAACGUUACGCUAUGCCUCUUUGAAGCUCAGAAAUGGACCACAAUCUGAUGAUGAUGAUUCUUGUAGUAUCAACAGUGAUCCAGAAUCCAAGUGCUUUGCUGUGCGAUCUCUGGGCUGGGUGGAAAUGGCAGAAGAAGACCUGGCUCCUGGCAAAAGCAGUGUUGCUGUGAACAAUUGCAUCAGACAACUCUCUUACUGUAAAAAUGACAUCAGAGACACCGUCGGCAUUUGGGGAGAGGGCAAAGACAUGUACCUUAUCCUGGAGAAUGACAUGCUGAACCUCAUUGACCCCAUGGACCGCACAGUUCUGCACUCACAGCCCAUCGUGAGCAUCAGAGUCUGGGGCGUGGGGCGUGACAACGGCCGAGACUUUGCUUACGUGGCAAGGGACAAGGACACCAGGAUUCUGAAAUGUCAUGUGUUCCGCUGUGACACACCUGCCAAAGCCAUCGCCACCAGCUUGCACGAGAUCUGCUCAAAGAUUAUGGCUGAACGGAAGAAUGCUAAAGCUAUGGCUUGCAGCUCCCUGCAGGACAGGACAAGUGUCACCCUUGAUGUUCCUCUGCAAGUAGAUUUCCCAACACCAAAGACAGAACUGGUCCAGAAGUUCCACGUCCAGUACCUGGGCAUGCUGCCUGUGGCUAAACCUGUGGGAAUGGAUACUCUGAACAGUGCCAUUGAAAGCCUAAUGACUUCCUCUAGCAAAGAAGACUGGAUGCCAGUUACCAUGAAUGUUGCUGAUGCUACUGUCACAGUCAUCAAUGAGGGGAAUGAAGAGGAGAUCUUGGUGGAGUGCCGCGUGCGGUUCCUGUCCUUCAUGGGCGUAGGCAAGGACGUCCACACGUUUGCCUUCAUCAUGGAUACAGGGAACCAGCAUUUCGAGUGCCACGUCUUCUGGUGCGAGCCAAACGCAGGCAACGUGUCAGAAGCUGUUCAGGCCGCUUGUAUGUUACGGUAUCAGAAGUGCUUGGUGGCCAGACCUCCGUCACAGAAAGUCCGACCGCCCCCCCCUCCCGCGGACUCGGUGACCAGGAGAGUGACGACCAACGUCAAACGCGGAGUGCUGUCCCUCAUUGACACUUUGAAACAGAAGCGCCCGGUCACCGAGACGCCCUAGCUGCCCCAGGGAGGAGGCUCCUCCCCUGCAGCUGAAGAUAGGAACAGGAACUGACAGUGUCUGGCCUUCCGUUUCCAGCUGCUGAUGCUUUGUCUUCAGAGAAUUUACCCUUCCUGAACCCGUGUUAGACGAGCAUGUUCUCUCCUUCUCGCCACCAUCGUGUGAUAAUGAAAAGAAGCAUGAAUAAUUUUGUUGCUGUCAGUGAGUUCCAUCCUGAGCAAUGGAAGGUCUGUUUGAUUGUAAAUACCUGAACAGUUAACCUAAACUCACACAAAACGAGAAUAUGGCCACGUCCCUCCCGGUGAACUCAUGCUUAAAGUCCUUGGAGUGAAUGAUGCCUGAGUUGAUAGUUUCACCGUCUUGAGCUGGAUUGGUCACAAACCCAUCUUAAACCCUGCAGCGCUUCGCUCUGUUUUCAACACUGGAGUAGUUACCAAGUGCCAGCUACCCUUGAGUUACUGUAGAUUUAAUACCAAGGCUUGUUUUUUACACAGCUACACCUGCUAGUUUGCAGUUGUUUGUCAGCAUUGCUCUGGCAACCACUCAACGUCUCCCCGCCACGCUUUGCCAUCACGGGGUCGUUACUUCACGGAUGGGCUGAGAGGAGAGUUGUGGUUAGCACCAAACCAGUGCUGGGAAUUCCACAAGAGUGUUUUCAGCAACUGAGCUGCAGGGUCAUCCACGGAAGCUUUUCGGCUUCAACCACACAGAUGCAACUGUUGGCUGUUAAAUUUAUUCUCCCACAUCUGUCAUUCACCCAUCAGACCCACCAUUUGUUUCACACAGGGCUCAAACCAAUCAGGGGUAAGAAAGAAUUCAGUGAUUUUAUUGUCCUACAGCUCCUACAGGGACUAGAAUCCCAGCCAUGGGAUGUGGAGGCGUGGCUGGAAGGGACCUCUGCAGGUGAUCAAGUCCAACCCCUCUGUCACAGCAGGGUCACCUAGAGCAGCUUUCACAGGAAUGCUUCUGGGUGGGUUUUGAAGGCCUCCAAAGGAGACUCCACAACCUCUCUGGGCAGCCUGUUCCAGUGCUCCAGCACCCUUAGUAAAGCAGUUUCUCCUGAUGUCCAAGUGAACACUCCACACCUUUUCUAUCCAAGUGCUGGAUGAAAAGUUCAGUUCAGUGUCUGGUUGCACAGUGCCCCCCACCCCUCAGAUUUUGUAGCAGACUAAUUAACGUGGCACAAAAGGAACAGUAAUGGAUCUUGUUCAAAACUUCCAUUCAAUUCCUUUUAAUGCUUUUGUGGCACAGUAAGAAGAGAGAGCUUCUGA